AGCAUAUUUAAAAGUACUGGAAGUUGCCCAAAAUUGUGUACGCGAAAAUUCGUCGCGCAGGGUUGAACGAAUGCGAGCAGGAGGUUGGUGGGGGGAGCGCCUGAGGCAGUGCCCGGACUCGCAGCGCUCAUUUUCGUAGUAAAAUAAGAUUGGUAAUUAGGGAAACUAGAUUCCUGAUUGGUCAGAUUCAGUCAGAUUCCAUUCAUGAAAGGUUAUCUGACUGUACGAUUACAUGAUGACAGAUUCUAACCAAUAAGAGAUAGGUUUUCUGAGUAUUCGACUUGUGUACAACUGAUCUGUACCACGUCUGUUCGAUGUGGGAUGGUAGUUCCAAAAUGAAUUAAGUGAAUAUUUUCUAUAAAUUCGACAAAGGAUGGAAGGAAGACUGAGUUUCGUUUAAGUUUUAGUGUAAACCAAUAAACUUAUUCUUUUCUACUUAAAAAAUUCACAAUAGGUUGAUCAAAAUGCGGUAUCUAAUUUAUUUAGUAAUAAGUACUUUACUUGUGUAUGGUUUGCCAUACAGCACUGCACAAGAUGAUUUUUUCGAUGAGGAGUUAUUGUUAAAGCCAUUAGCUAGUGGACACGUUUACGCAUACUUCCAGUUUACCACUUUGUGGGAAGCUCCAAAUAAUGUACAAACAUUUCAACAUUCCCACCUAUUCCCCAGAGGAUUAGGCGAAAUUAUUGGUCGGCAUAAGGUUGAUGAAUUACAUAUCAGUUUGACCGAAGGUCUAUGGAAUUAUGAAAAGUGGGGAUAUCCUGUUCAUGAUGCAGGAUCUGGUGCUGAAAUUUUUGCAUGGUUCAACAAGAAUGUAUCAAAUGUCAAUAAUGAAUGGAAGAGCCUUACAAAUGCAUUGGCUGGGUUGUUUUGUGCCUCGUUAAACUUUGUUGACUCUUCAAACAGUAUGUCUCCGGAAUUCAGUUUCCGCCCUACUGGAAUUGUUAAAGAACCACCAAACUCCAGCUAUUUACGUUACUCUUCUCUACCCAGAGAAAUUGUAUGUACAGAAAAUCUGACACCAUUCAAAAAAUUAUUACCGUGUGAUUCAAAGAGAGGUUUGGCCACGCUAUUAAAUUCCGCGUAUAUACAUAAUACAAACUACCAUUCUCUUGGUAUACAUUUUCGGUCAGUGUGCCGUAAUGCAGGAUGUACAAAAUCAUCUCUAGAAUUGCGUCAAACAGUGUCCCUUGUUUACGACACCUUGACAGAAGCUACACAGGAUUGGUCUAUCCGUAAAUUAUUUGGCAUUGGGAUUAAAGGAGCUUGCCCUCUUGCUAGUCUAAGUAAUGUGUAUAUUGACAUGACAAGUAAUGAAACUGUUCAUGUCUAUCAAUUGACACCAUCACCAAACACUAAAGUAACUAGCUUCCGCGGUGGACAACAGCAGCAAUUAGCAGUGUACGAUAUACGAACUUAUUCGAACAGAGGAAUGUUUAAUAUAGCAGCUAUUUAUACGACACCCAAAACUAGUAGUGUAACUUAUCCUUCUGUUUUAUACGCCAAUAGAUAUAUAAUUGGGUAUGGACAGGAAAGGGGUAGUUUAGUAACAAAAUUGCACAACAAUCAUUGGCAAUCAUUGGAUGUUAUUUUGUUAGAAAACAUUCCUUGGUACCUCCCAGUAUAUUUGCACACUGUCAAAGUUAUUUGCAAUGGUCAACAAAUUAAGCCAUUGAUACAACGUUACAUGCCGGGAAGAGAGAGAACGCGACCAUAUUAUUUAGAACUAGUCUUGCGAUUACCACCACAUUCAGUAACAAAGUUUUCAAUAGAAUUAGAUUAUUUAUUCUUAAAGUGGCAAGAAUAUCCGCCAGAUGCAAAUCAUGGUUUUUAUAUGGGUCCAGCUGUUAUUACAGCUUUGUUGCCCAUUGCAAGAAAUUACACAGCCUUACCACUUGAUGGAAGCACAAUAACAUCCAGUUUUAACGCAUCUCGUAAUGGCUAUCUGGUACAGCUGAGAACAGAAUCCCUGUUAAUCAGUCUUCCAACACCAGAUUUCAGUAUGCCUUACAAUGUUGUGUGUCUUGCAUGUACUGCAGUGGCACUAGCUUUUGGUCCAUUACACAACAUCACAACAAAACGACUAGUCCUCAAGAAUGUUACAAGAAAUUGGAAGAAGAAGCUACUUUCCUUCGUUAAAAGAUUGACCAAAGAUACAAAGGACAAAACUGACUAAGCAAUGUAUUAUAUAAUUACAAUUAAAUUUAUAGUUAAGUUAUGUACUGUACUGGGAUAGUGUUAAAUUAAUAUCUUUUAAUGUACCAUGUAACGUACUAUUUCUUAGACAAUUAAAUAAGCAGUGCAGGAGAAAA